AUGGAAAGCAAAAUGUUGUUGUUUUCAAAACUUCCAAUUCUCAUUGCACUCUUCAUUAUUUUAUCUACGUCCCCAACCCCAGCUUUCGCAGCAAAAAAGUCAUAUAUUGUGUACAUGGGAGGUCAUUCACAUGGUAGAAAGCUGACAGAGGUAGCUCUAGGCGAGGUCUCAGAUUCUCACUACGAGUUCCUUGGAUCAUUCCUGGGAAGUACAAAGGAGGCCAAAGAUGCCAUAUUUUACUCCUAUACGGCUUACAUCAACGGCUUUGCUGCAAUUCUUGAUGAGGAGGUGGCAGCUAAUAUUUCAAAGGAUGCAAGAGUUGUGUCAGUUUUCUUAAAUAGAAGGAUAAAAAGACACACAACGCAUUCAUGGAAUUUUCUUUCCCUAGAAAAUAACUACGGUGAUGUCGACUCGAAUUCGUUGUGGAAGAAAGCCAAUUAUGGAGAAGAUAUCAUCAUUGGAAAUAUUGAUGGUGGUGUCUGGCCUGAAUCAGAGAGCUUCAGUGAUGAAGGAUAUGGACCCGUUCCAUCAAAAUGGAAUGGAAUAUGUCAGAGUAACACCAAGGAUGGAUUCCCUUGCAAUAAGAAACUUAUCGGAGUUAGGUACUUAUACAAAGGAUAUGCUUCCUUAUGUGGCGUUAAAGACCAUUCCAAUUUCUCAGCCCGAGAGGUCGAUGAUGGCCAUGGAACUCACACGCUAUCAACCGCAGGUGGGAACUUUGUCCCAAGAGCAAAUGUGUUUGGCUUUGGCAAUGGAACUGCAAAAGGUGGUGCACCUAGAGCUAGAGUGGUUGCUUAUAAGGCAUGCUGGCAGCGAAGUAAGAAAAAAUGUUCAGAGGCUGACAUACUCAAAGCCUUUGAUUAUGCCAUACACGAUGGCGUUGAUGUGCUUUCAGUUUCUCUUGGUCCCGAUUCUCCCCAAGACUAUUUCAAUGAUGGCAUUUCAAUCGGGUCAUUCCAUGCUGCUAAGCAUGGCAUUGUCGUGGUGGCCGCAGCGGGGAAUGAAGGACCGGAACCUGGUACUGUCGGAAAUGUUUCGCCGUGGCUGAUAACUGUUGGAGCUAGCACCAUGGAUCGUGAACUUGGUGCUUACGUUGACCUUAAUAAUGGAAUGCGUCUCAAGGGAAAAGAUAUUAGCUCCAAGCAAUUGCCCGAAGAUAAAUUCUACCCACUUAUUGCGGGUGAACAAGCUAAAAAUGCCGAUGCCGGUACUGCAGACGGUUCACGCUGCCUGAAUGGAACGCUCGACGCCCAGAAGGUAAAGGGUAAGAUCUUGGUUUGUCUUGUUCGAGACACGUCUCGGAGAAUUGAGAAAGGACAACAGGCUGCUUUGGCUGGUGCUGCGGGGAUAAUUUUUUGUGACAAUACCACCAAAGGCAAUGAAAAUGAUGAUAACAACAUUCAUGUUUUGGCAGCAUCACAUAUCAAUUACACAGAUUGUCUUGCUGUUUUUUCCUACAUCAACUCUACCAAUAAUCCACUGGCUAUGAUUAAGCCAAUGGAAGAACUGCACACAAAGCCUGCUCCGCUCAUGCCUGAUUUCUCCUCUAGGGGUCCAAACAUUUUAACACCAGGAAUCCUCAAGCCUGACAUUACUGCGCCGGGAGUACAUGUCAUAGCUGCGUACACUGGAGCUGCCAGCCCUACAGAAAAAGAUUUCGAUCAGCGCAGGACACCCUUUAUCCAUAUGAGUGGAACAUCCAUGUCUACUCCUCACGUAGCCGGAAUUGCUGGUCUUCUCAAGGCAAUUCACCCAGAUUGGAGCCCUGCAGCCAUUAGAUCUGCAAUCAUGACAACCGCAAGAACAAGAGAUAACACCCGACAUCCAAUGCUAAAACGAUCACUGAAUGGAUCAUUUGCUAAGGCAACACCGUUUGAUUACGGUGCUGGGCAUAUACGUCCAAAUCUUGCAGCAGAUCCUGGCUUGGUCUAUGACAUAACAGUUAAGGAUUACAAAGAAGACUUCCUUUGUGCACUUGGCUAUAAUAAAACUGUUAUAAAACUCUUUUCUGAGAGUAUCGUAUGUCCACAAUCCACCAAUCCUCUCAGUAUCUUGAACCUUAACUACCCUUCAAUAACCGUCCCUAAACUCUCCCGUCCAAUCACAGUGACUCGAACAGUGAAGAAUGUCGGCUCAACCAGCACUUACACAGCUCGUGUCCGGCUACCACCGGGAUUUUCAAUUUCUGUUGAACCCAAUGUUCUGAAAUUUGAGAGGACUGGUGAAGAGAAAACCUUUUACGUGACUUUGAAAGCUAAAAGAAAUGGUGUUUCAAAAGGUUAUGCAUUUGGAGAAUUAUUAUGGUCAGAUGGUGUACAUAAUGUUAGGAGUCCAAUCACAGUUGCCAUUGAUCCCACACCUCCACAAAAGAAAGAGGAGGAGGAGGAGGACAACGAAUGCUAGUCCAAUUACAGUACCAAAUAGAAAACACAAUCAUCAAUCGGAUUUGAAUGAAUGAUACACUUAAUUAAUUGUCAUAUUUUGUACAGGGAUAAUAUUUAUAUAUUGGA